GUUUCGCUGUUAUUACCUAGAGAUACGUACGUCAGCUUCAUAUUCAUCAGCUUUCACACUUUUGAAACCACGACUUCUCUGUGACGCCGGAAAGAUAGCCACGGUACUAUCGCCAUCAGCUCGCAUUGCAUAAUUGAUUGUUCAAAUCGAGCGAAACUCUACAUCAAGCUUAUAUCAUGUCAGCUUCCAGCGCUCGAGGGCACUAUGCCAACCCACCUUUGGAGGAUGAGGACGACUUGAUCGACCCUGAUGAUGCCGAUCUCAACGACUUCGACGACCCUCUUGCGACCAACAACGCCCGUCAGCCCUUGACAGGCAACAUUGGCUCCAGCUCAUCAUCGCGACCGUUGGACGAAGGUUAUCUGACCUCGCGAAUCCCCGGAGAAGACCGAAGAGCUCCUCAAAAUACAAUUGACGAGUCCGUAUGGGAUACACUGCGGCGCGACCUGCUCGCUGUCUGGGCAAAGCUCAGAGAAGUGCUCUACCCGCGCUAUCUCCUGGGCGGUACUAUGUUUGAUAACGAGGGAGGUCUGCGCGGCGCUUAUUCCAGCAUCCGCGGCGCUGGUCUUUCAGGGACAAGGGAAGAACUCACUGGACUGGCGAGCCGUAUGGUAGAUGCUGAGGCUCUGCUCCAGAGCAACAUGACUCCUGGUCUUCGCGACUGGGAUCUCUGGGGUCCUCUGAUCUUCUGUCUACUUCUAAGUGUUCUCCUGAGCAUCACCGCUCGAUCUGAACAGCGCGAUGCCGUAUUCAGUGGCGUCUUUGCCAUGAUUUGGCUCGGUGAGGCUGUCGUGACGCUACAGAUCAAACUGUUGGGUGGUAACAUCUCCUUCGCUCAGAGCGUCUGCAUCAUCGGAUAUACGCUUUUCCCUCUGGUUCUUGCUGCUAUGAUGUCUGCUUUGGGUCUGCACUGGAUCGCUCGCAUCCCCAUCUAUAUCGUACUCAUCAGCUGGUCUCUGGCUGCUGGUGUCAGCAUUUUAGGUGGCAGCGGAGUUGUCAAGAACCGAGUAGCCAUUGCAGUGUACCCUCUGCUUGUCUUCUAUCUCGGUCUUGGCUGUCUGUGCUUUAUCAGCUAGGCCCGGGCUCGUUAUCAGGAAACGUGAUUCGGUAUUCGGUUGCUGCGAUUUGAAAAGACGGAGUGGUUAAAAGGGUUGAUUUAGACUGAUGUAUUCUUACUUGAAACGAACCGGAACCUGACUAGAACUGCGGUGUUGAGUGUUUCGGUGAUGGAGUGGUGUCAUGGACUGAUUUCUAGGGUUCUUGAACUGUUCUUUGCAAACAUGUAUCACUUUUAUCAUGAUAUGCUUUGUCGAAUAUGGCAGUUUGUUUGUUUUCCUAAAACGGAACAGAUCCUGGCGCGAUUAACGUGGAGAUACGGUACCGAGCCAUUGGGUCCUAUCUUAUCCUAUCCUAUCCUAGUUUCAGAGAUCUCUGGGCAUAUGAAAG